UUGGUGGGUUUUUUUUUUUUUUAGAUCAUGAAUCAGACAGAUAAAAACCAACAAGAAAUUCCAUCAUACCUUAGUGAUGAACCACCAGAAGGUGCAAUGAAAGAUCACCCACAGCAGCAACCAGGCAUGUUGUCCCGUGUGACUGGGGGUAUCUUCAGUGUUACAAAGGGAGCUGUUGGUGCCACCAUUGGUGGUGUGGCUUGGAUUGGUGGAAAGAGUCUGGAGGUGACAAAAACAGCUGUCACAACUGUCCCGUCCAUGGGACUAGGGCUGGUGAAAGGGGGCGUGUCGGCUGUGGCUGGAGGAGUCACAGCUGUCGGGUCAGCUGUUGUCAACAAAGUGCCCUUAACAGGAAAGAAGAAAGACAAAUCGGACUAAACUAUGGAGAUGGCCUUGCUCUCCACAGCAUUAUGAUGCCAGUGGCAUUGAAUUGCUAAAUUAUGGACUAUAACCAAGUCACCUAUUUUGGACAUUUAUCUUCUAAACUGCUGUGUUGAAAGUAUUGAUGACUGGCUUGUCUAAAAAGAAGAGACCAAUACUAGCACAGUAUAUGAAGGUUUCUUACACUUAAGUUCCAGGUUUUUAUCUGGUAAAAUGUUACACCUACUCAGUUGUAACUGAAGAUAUGGGAUAUUGGAAUAGUUACUCUUAAGUCUUUCAGUUUGACUAAAAAUGUGAACAUUGAAUUUAGUGGAUGAUCUUUACAGUUCCAUACGUAUGACGUGCCAGGUAAUUCAUCUGCCCCUUCACAAGGGAACCUUGAACUACAUAAACUGUACCUUUGAUGUGCCUAAUAGUUUCAGAUGUCUUAGUUGUUUUUUUUAAUAACCAUAGUUGAUUAGGCCAAGAGACCUUUUUUCUUAUUUAAGCUGGUAAAAGUAGCAAGAAUUAUAGGUUUUAAAGAUAAAUGGCUUUAUGAUUCCAAAUGUUAACCAUUUUAUGUUAGAUAUGCAUUCUGUUCAUUUAUAAUUGAUGCCUUACAAAAGAAAACAUCUUUUAAGAUACCCCAGAUUUGUAGCUCUUAGAAUUACCUAUAUGGAUUGUUAUAAAGCAUUGUUUUGUAAAAUUAGUUUUCCUUCUUAAGACAAGAAUCUCAGGAGUAGUGGGGUAAAGGCAUUUCCUGUUGUGUGCAGAUAAUGUUCCAUUGUUGGUAGUUACAGUCAAAUUGUACACUUCAGCAUGAGUUCAUGCUCCAUUGUUAAUACACCUCACAGUGCCUAAAGAACAUUUCUUUAACUAGUCAGAAGCUGUGUUGGAAGAAUUUCAUAUUAAGAAUAAACAUUUAAUAAUUUUAAGAUCUUAAGUAUUACCUACA